CAUGUGUAGACAGGAUCGUUCGAUGAAGGAACCCAUUUAUCUAAACAUUUUAACUCUUGUCAUCAAGGAUUUUGACUAAUUCAUUUCAUGCAUCAUAAAAAUAAGAGUCAUGUCGAGAAGAAGUCCUCGUUUGGAGGAAGCUGGCUAUUACACGGAGGAGGGGACUCCAAUCAUUUCCUACAGGGAGACCUGUUACAGGAUCUUUCAGAGGAGGAAACGUCACCGUGGUCAUCACCACGAGUUAAUAGGCCACGACGGAAACACCAGUAACACCGGUGACACACAAAAUCUGAAUAUUGAGACUCCGGCCAUAGAGACAUGGACUGGAGUCCCCACUCAGGCCAAUCACACUUGGACCACUGCAGUACAGAUCAUCAGCUGGCUCUGCAUCCUGGUCCUUCUGGCCAUUGGACUCACACAUUACAUACAGAGUAUGCAACUAAAACAGGACCAGCAGGAGGUGGAAAUCCUCAGGCAACAAGUGAUCAUGAUGAGUAUGCAACUUAAAGAGGUCCGGCAGGAGGCGGAGAUAGUCAGACAACAUGCAAUCAUGUCUGUUCCUCCGCCCUUAAACUUUGCAUUAGAAUCGCAAGGUGCCAGAAUUUUACAUCAUUUAUCUUCGGACACAUAUUGGCCUCCAGGACUUAAAACAAUAUGGGAUCAAAUAUACAAAUGGUUGUAUUCAUCCAAAGCGCAGCGAAGAGUUAUCCAGGGACAUGUAUUAUUACUUCCGGGACAAUGCUGGUCCUUUUCUGGCGACCAAGGGCAUUUAUUAAUCUCCCUGUCCCACCCAGUCUCCAUCACUAGCGUGACGCUCGGCCACAUCACAAAGAGCCAGUCCCCAUAUGGACACAUCGCCAGUGCACCGAGGCAAUUUUCAAUCUUUGGAAUGAGGACUACUGAUAAGGAAGGAACCCAUUUGGGAACACUGGUUUAUGAUGAAGACGGCCCAGCCUUUCAGACCUUUAAACUGCCUAAUCCAGACAAAGGAGUCUUCCGAUAUGUGAAGCUACAGAUUGACAGCAACUGGGGAAACAUAGACUACACCUGCCUGUACAACUUCAGGGUUCACGGUAAGAUAGUUGAAGCUGAAGGUAAAUCAACCGCAAACACCUGAAUCCACCUGAAUCUAGCUUUGUGUAAUUAUGUAAUGUUCUUUCUAAUAUAUUUUAAAACGUAUUGUAAAUGGAGGUGGACCAAAUAUGAAAAACUAUAUUUUAGUGACAAAAAAUUUGAUUCAAUUCAAACCAAUUUCAUUUUAGUGUCAAAUCAUACCAGAAGAUAUCUCAGGAUGCUUUCCUGUUAGAGUAGGUCUAGACCAGUGGUUUUCAGGGGUCCCCAGCAAAAAGGGGAAUCAUUUAUUUUUACUAUAAAACCAUCCAUAAGUAACACAAUAGCACAGCAUUUAUGACUAUUUUGGUCAUAGGUUUUAUACACUUUAUGAACAUCUAAAAGCAAAAGUCCUAUCAGAUGGGGGGACUCUGGGACAAAAUCUUUAAAUGGGGUCUGUGGUCUAAUUUGUGUCAGUUUAGGGGUCCUUAUUAUCACAUUGCCAUUAGACCACAGCGCUGGGGAGUAAGGUCUGGCUACACCACACAUACAUUCUAGGAUUGGAGAAAAAAACGCUCUGGGCAGUUUGCAUUCCUUUAAACCAAUCACAAUCGUUUUGGGUGCCUCUAAGUUCUGGACGCUGUGACGGUGGCUCUGCAAAAAAGUCUCGUGAAGAAACUUGUUUUGGUGGAACAUUUGCACCCCGCAAAA